UUAAAAAAAAAAAGUUAAACGCGACCAGAAGCAUCUACGUCAUAUUUACGCGUCGGUGUUUUCGUUCAGACAGCACCGUUUGAAUCUGCUGUUGUUGUCAUGGUGGUGUUUCCAAGUAGUCUGACGGAGGAAGAGGAGGCUCUGCAAAAGAAAUAUGCUAAACUCAAGAAAAAGAAAAAGGCGCUGCUCGCCUUGAAGAAGCAGAGUUCAACCAACCAGACAAACCAGAGUGGAUUGAAACGAACUUUGUCAGACCAGCCUGUUGUUGACACUGCAACGGCGACAGAGCAAGCAAAGAUGCUGAUCAAGUCAGGUGCCAUCAGCGCCAUCAAAUCGGAAAACAAGAACUCGGGCUUUAAACGCUCUCGAAUGCUGGAAAUUAAACUCAAGGAUCCUGAGAAAGGCCCAGUUCCUGCUUUCUUACCGUUCCAAAGGAGCGUGUCUACAGAUGAAGAACAACCUGAGUCUGGGAAGAGAGCCCACAGGAAGUCUCUGUAUGAGAGCUUUGUCAGCUCAAGCGACCGAUACCGGGAUGAAGAGGACGGAGGUGGCAUGUCAACCAGCCGUGACAUGGACAGAGAGAGAGAGCGAGACCGCGACCGAGAGCUGGAUAGAGAGCGGGACAGAGACCGAGAUAGAGACCGGGAGAGGGAUAGAGACAGAGACAGAGGCAGGGACAGAGACAGGGAGCGGGACCGAGAAAGAGACAGAGACCGAAGCAGAGACAGGGAUCGAGAGCGCGACAGGGAACGGGACAGAGAGCGAGAUGGACCAUUCAGACGGUCAGACUCAUACCCAGAGCGGAGAGGAGUACGCAAGGGGAAUACCGUGUAUGUUUAUGGCUCUGGGCUCGGCGAGGACAACCUGCGUUCUGCCUUCUCUCAACAUGGAAACAUCAUCGACCUCUCCAUGGACAACCCGCGCAAUUGUGCAUUUAUCACUUUUGAGAAGAUGGAGUCUGCAGACCAGGCUGUAGCUGAGUUGAACGGAGCCACGGUGGGAGACGUUCACAUCAAAGUCAGCAUCGCCAGGAAGCAGCCCAUGCUGGAUGCUGCCACCGGCAAAUCUGUCUGGGCUUCACUGGCUGUGCAGAACAGCACCAAGGGCUCCUACAGAGACAAGAGGAAUCAAGUCGUGUACAGUGAAGAUUUCCUGGGAUGAUUUUUUUAUUUUGGCAUCUUGCUUUUCAUGUUUUUUGUUUUAAUGGCGUGUUAGCUGGCUCCUGUAAGUGUCAUACAAAGUCGUGUUGUCUCUUGGAUUAGAUCACGUUGAUGCUGCGUGCAGCUCAUGAAACUGAGAUACUGUUUGUGGAGCUCAAUAAAAAGUUUUCAUACAGUGUUA